CAGCACUUGUUUGGCGAAAGAAGCCAACAAGCGCGGUGAUUUUUCAUGAUUGUGGACAGUAACCAAACGUAUUCUUAUAACAUUUACAAUAAUAAAUAAUUACAAAAUAUUUAAAAGUAUUAAAAACAUUAAACAAUUGCAGUUAAAUUACACUGCAUUGUUUGCGUUUUGAGUGGAGGGUGUAGGACUGUGUGCAACAUAAUUUCUUCCGCAAAGGAAAAUCGUUGGAAAACGUGAGACAGCCGCUGCAAAAUAUACCAACAAUAGAAGUUGCAUAAACCGGAGCAGCACUUGGCUGCAUAGCUUUUGAAACACAUGUCUACUGCCCAACUGUGAAACGCGACCAAUACCAAGCCACUUCCAAUUUUUUGUACUUGCUACAUAAAAACGCCACAAGAUCACCGUCAAAACUUCACACAACUUGACAGACUCCUCCUCCGCAGCGAGCAGUCGUAAUAGCAGCAACCGCAGCCUCAGUUCAACAGCGGCAUCAGUAACUAAUUACUCAUAUCCAGCCUCCAGCAGCAACAGUAUGACCGAUUAUAGCGAUUUGGAUCGCCAGAUUGAGCAGUUGAAACGCUGUGAAAUAAUCCGAGAGAAUGAAGUGAAAGCACUAUGCGCCAAAGCGCGCGAAAUACUCGUUGAAGAGGGUAAUGUACAGCGUGUUGAUUCGCCAGUAACAGUGUGUGGUGAUAUACAUGGACAGUUUUAUGAUCUUAAAGAAUUGUUUAAAGUUGGUGGCGAUGUACCCGAAAAAAACUAUCUGUUCAUGGGUGAUUUCGUUGAUCGAGGUUACUACAGUGUCGAAACAUUUUUGCUGUUAUUAGCGCUUAAAGUACGUUAUCCAGAUCGCAUCACAUUGAUACGCGGCAAUCACGAAUCACGCCAAAUCACACAAGUCUACGGAUUCUAUGACGAAUGUUUGCGUAAAUACGGUUCGACGGCUGUUUGGCGCUAUUGUACCGAAAUCUUUGACUAUCUCAGUUUAUCUGCUAUUAUUGACGGAAAGAUAUUCUGCGUGCAUGGUGGCCUCUCGCCAUCAAUACAGUAUUUAGAUCAAAUAAGAACGAUUGAUCGCAAACAAGAGGUACCGCAUGACGGACCCAUGUGCGAUUUAUUAUGGAGUGAUCCUGAAGAUCAGACGGGUUGGGGUGUUUCGCCACGCGGCGCUGGCUAUUUAUUUGGUUCCGAUGUGGUGUCACAAUUUAACCGUACCAACGACAUUGAUAUGAUCUGCCGCGCCCAUCAACUGGUCAUGGAGGGAUUCAAGUGGCAUUUUAAUGAGACUGUUCUGACUGUUUGGUCAGCGCCGAACUACUGUUAUAGAUGUGGAAAUGUGGCAGCAAUUUUGGAAUUAAAUGAGUACCUGCAUCGAGACUUCGUUAUCUUUGAAGCCGCGCCUCAGGAAAGCAGGGGUAUACCAUCUAAAAAACCACAAGCCGAUUAUUUCCUCUAAAAACGUAAAGGCAAACUGAUCAAUUAACUGGACAGCAACUCAAAUUGACAUUUUGCGGACUAACUGAUGCAGAGAAACGUAAAUACGAUAUUGCACUGGAGGGAAUAUCAAUCAAAUUUUUGGAGCUGUUUAGAAAACCACUAGCAACAUUUUGUUAGUAUUUUUACUUCCUUUAGCCUAUUUUAUUUUAAGUUAUUUGUGCGUACUUCUUAUGUUAGAACAAAAAUCUCCUGUUUUAUUUACCAACGCAAAUUUACCACUUGAUCAUACAUUUUUACAACAAAAUUCAAAGAACUGCCCGUGUUAUGCCCGAGAGUGUGUGCAAGUUUUUCAAAAAAAUCAAUAUGUGCAACGUUUGCGCGCACCCACGGUUAGUUAAAAUGGUGUCAGUUUCAGAUCACUCCACUAGAAUAUACAAGGAACAAAUUGUUCGCGAUUGCUACAGAGUUCCGUAAUAUAACAAAAAAAGAAUGUAUUGCUGAAAGUCGUACGAGAAUAAUAGUAAUUUUCAUAAACCUUAUAUCAUUUUUAAAUAAGCAUUAAUACGUAUAGUAAAGUAAAAUCUUAAAUAUAUUGUAAAUUGAUGAAACAAAAAAAAAAAAAAACUCGAGAAACUACGUCGGAUGUUUAGUGAAAGAAAAUAAACCUAAAUAUAGACACAUAGUAACUGCCACAGCUCGUAUUUUGUCUCACUUCUUGCUGGAAGCAACGUUUUUUCUAUUCAGCGCCAAAUACGCCAAAAAUAUAAAUAACAAUAUCGGGCGCAGAAUAAUUGAAAUUUUUUAUAAACAAUAACCGAAAUUAAAUGGAACUGUAUAUUACAAUUUUGUUAAUUGAGUUUUAAAAUUGUAACAAUUGGCGCAGUGCAGUUUGUGUUUCAUCACCAAGUAAUUCGCGGUCUUGUUAGUGGCAUUUUUGCUCACGAGUCACUUUGUUUUUCCUGCAUUGAAUAUCCAUUGGAAAAGUGAAACAAAAAAUUCAAAAUCAAAUCGUUAUGUGCAUAAAAAUCAAUAGAAAUGUUUACUGACGCCGGACCGCAAAUAAAACACUUACAAUUAAAUGUAUCAAGACCCGAAGAUUGUAAUUAUACAGUUGAUUUUAUUAUAAUGUGAACACGAGUAAACUAAAGUAAACGCAAACGUAAAAAUAUAUGAAAUAAAUUUAAAUAGGCAUAAGAAAUGAGAUCAAA